AAACGAGUUGUUUUUAACUCGAUAAACCAUUCCAAGUAUGCCUUGAUCUUUCUGUAACUAAUCGGUGAUGUCUCUGUCAAAUGUUGUUGUCACUCUUAUUGUUGCAGUAUCAUGCAGACAAGUGUUUUGUUUUUUAGGUGGAAAAAUGGACUGUGGUCAGUUUUUUUGCCCUAUGGAUAUACCGGAAUAUGACGGUGAUGGGAGCCUAUUAGAAAGUUCUUACGAUCAAGCCGCUACAACUGCUCUAUCGAAUGAGCUAAGCAUAGUAACGGAACUGGAAAACUCGACGAUGGCAAAUGCCGGUGACAUUAACGUGGAAGCAUAUUGUUGUUUCACACUUCCUCAGAAGAACAACCCGAUUACGACGCCUUUUUGUUGCACAUGGAAUGAUUAUUCUGAUAAUUUGUAUGCCCAUACUGGAUUGACUCCCGUUAGUCGCUUGAUGUUGGCCUUCUUUCCCGUCGGAAUAGCGGUGCUGGUUUGCCUUGUGAUUGCGUUUUACAUCGUGUACUUCAUCUGCUGCAAAAUGCAGAGAACUGGACAUAAUCCUGAAAGGAGGAUGACUGCCGUUUGAUGGAAAUAAAAAAUUCUGAUAAUGUAGAAUAAUGCACUAAAUGUACCUGUGCGAAAUCCUUUGUCUUAUUACCAAAGUGAACUACUUU